CUCUUUACGUCUGGAGCCUCCGGAGUAGGCGUUUCCGGCCAUUCAUACUUCCAGUUCGUCGUCCCUCUGUUCUCUGAUUUUGUGCACUAUCUGGUGGAGAAAGUGACGCCGCCGCUAGGAUGAAGCUUGUAAGGUUUUUGAUGAAACUGAGUCACGAAACUGUCACCAUUGAAUUGAAGAAUGGAACACAGGUCCAUGGAACAAUCACAGGUGUUGAUGUCAGCAUGAAUACGCAUCUUAAAGCUGUGAAGAUGACCCUGAAGAACAGAGAGCCUGUACAGCUGGAAACCCUGAGUAUUCGUGGAAAUAACAUUCGAUACUUCAUUCUGCCGGACAGCUUGCCUCUGGAUACACUACUUGUGGAUGUUGAACCAAAGGUGAAAUCUAAGAAAAGGGAAGCUGUUGCAGGAAGAGGAAGAGGUCGAGGUAGAGGAAGAGGACGUGGUCGUGGUAGAGGAAGAGGGGGUCCUAGGCGAUAAUGUCUCUGGAGAUUAUUUCAAAGUGAUAAGUGAUGUGGGAUAUUUUUUGUACAGGUUUUGUUUGUUUGUGUUAGUUUUUAAUAAACGUAAAUGUUCCAAGACA